CGAAGCUUUUGGGUAAACACGGCUCCACUCGACGUCGCCUCCUGUUAUAUCGACCAUUAUUCUCGCGCAUCUUGCUUGGUUCGACGCAGUUCUUGUCUAUCCUUGCAGUAUUCAUAGCUCACGACAACUGCAUCAAGUCCAUUUGCUCUGCCCUGUCCAUAGCGACCGACUCGUAAGGGAUUGACGUGGAAGUUGUCUUGAGCGUCGGGUGCUAUUUGGAACCUGAAAGCUUGCGGUCUUGUAGAGUACUCGUGGAUUUUCCAGGUGCAAAGUGAGAACUGUGUAGCGCAAUGGCGGGCUUUGGGCGAUCAAACUCGUUGAGCAUCAACACCGGUGGCAGCCUCUUUGGGAACAACCAAAGUCAAGGCCAGCAGCAGAGCGCGGGCUUGUUCGGCGCGUCGACUACCGCAGCCCAACCCCAGGGAGGAUCGCUGUUUGGAGGCCAAGCUCAGACAUCGCAACCACAGACCGGCGGGUUGUUCGGCAACCAGAGCAAGCCUGCGACGACCGGAGCCACAAGCGGAGGACUCUUCGGCGCAUCAACGGCGCAGCCAUCGCAACCACAGAGCGGCAGUCUGUUUGGAGGCGCACUGGGAGGGAAUACACAGACGCAGAACCAGGGCACUGCUCAAUCGGGAGGACUAUUCGGUAGCCAGGCAAAGCCCUCAUUGUUCGGUUCAUCAACACAACAGACAAGCACCACCCCAUCUCUGUUCGGAAACACAAACACAAACACACAGCAGAACCAGACAGCCACCCCUUCGCUGUUUGGAUCGACCCAACAGGCUCAACCACAGCAGCAGAACUCACUGUUCGGCAGCAUGAACACUCAGAACAGGCCCGCGACCCUCGGUGGCUCUACGCUAGGAGGAUCACAACUGGGCGCAAGUGCACAGCCAGUCCAAGUAACACUGGACUCGAUAAGAGGGACGACGCGCUUCAACGACCUGCAUCCUGAGCUACAGGCCUUGGUUCAGCAAUUCGACGAAGGCAUACAGCGAAAAAUCGGGUUCUGCAGCCAGAUCCGCGAAACACUGCCUAAUAGCGAGAGCCAGAUUGCAACCAUUGCACCCGACGUAGCUUACGUUGAGAAAUUCUUGUCGACUGUCGAAGCCGGCUUGGACAACGACUCUGCGAACAUCUCCCACCUCAAAGAUCUCGUCAAGAAGGACGCCGAAGACGCCACUCUCAGUUUCCGCGCCAUCGAGAACCAGCGUCUCCCCGCACAGUUCCACUACAGGAACAGCGCGAACCUCACAGCAUCAAGCGCGAAGCCACAAGCCACCACCUCCCUUGAUGACGACGACCCGACGAAACCAGUUGACCUGAUGGCAUACUUCAACCGCAGAACUGACGUGCUCGGCCAGACGCUCGAUGUGUAUCAGCGCCAGAUUCGUGAGAUCGAAGCACAUCUCCGGGGCAUGGAGGCUGGCACAUUGGAAAAAGCACAGCAGUUGACAGGUAGCCGAAGCGCGCCGCGAGACCAGCGACGUGAGCUGGUGGAAGCACUCAAGGCAAUAGAAGGUGCUAUCCUAGACUCGGCGAAGAAGGUGGGACAAGUGAGGGACGAGGUUACGAAGAAGACGCUGGGCAAUGUCGGAACUACCCUGCUCUGAGCGUCUGAUUGGAUGUAGGAAUCGCGACUCUGAUGGACAUGGGAGGUGCAAUUUGAGUUUGGAACAAGAUUCGUGCAUAAUAUUGGCAUGGGUAGGCUGCCAUUUGAUGGUGUACGAAGCGUUGGCUUAAUUUUCGAAACAUGUGCAUGUACAGUCCAUCGGGGCUGUUAAGAGCUGCGAGUACAAGAGCGGUAGAUACCCAUGGAACUUUUCAAUCAG